GCCCACAGGGCGGGCGCGCAGGAGCUGCCGCCGACACUCGGCCCCCGGGCGGCCGCGGCGGGAGCAGCGCUGGCUGCCGUUCUUUCUCAAUUGCUUCCAGGUAGCUGACCAAAAAAGAUGAACGUUUUCCCAUCAUGUCUGUCCAGGCAGUAGCUAUAGGUAGCUAUGCCGGAGCAGAAGUCUUCAAACGCUCCAGCUCUAAAAAGAUAAAUCAGGAAAGCUGCAAGGAGAUCCUUACAGAAACAGCGUAUUCUUCAAAUCCCUCAGUGUAUACUCCAGCAAGGAUUAGCUGUCUUGCUCCGACACCUCAAAUCUCAGUUCUGUCAGAUGAAUACUUGAGGCCAGCAGUGAUUGGACAUGCAGGAAGUUUUGGAUCAUACCCGGAUAGCGCUGAAGCUAUCAAAGACAUUCUCUUGUCUGUUCUAAAUGCAGCUGGUCUGAAGCCCUCCUUGCUGUCAGAGCAGACCACAAUGCAGAGAGCUGAACAUCCAGACAGUGACUUGGAACGGUGGGAAGAGAGCAGCGAUGGGGAUAACAAUGACGACAGCGAUAGCGAUUCCACACAUCACAGUGCUGCUUGUACACAAACGGAUAUUAGGUUUACAAGGCAUCGGGUGUGUUGGGACAAUACGCAGUGUGAUUCCACUAAAUCUCUGCUGGAUCCUUUAUUUUGCCCACGUUACUCUGGCAAUGAUGCUAUUACUUCCUCCUUGAAUGGUUUCGCUCUUUCGGAAGUAUCCCCUCUGAAGCGGGACUGCUUUACCCAAGUGACAUUAACAGGAGGCACUGUCACAUCGGCCGUUGUGUGUUCUGGAAAAGAACAUCGAAACUCUUUCAGUUCCCCAGAACGAGACUUGGCUUUUACAAGUUUUCUCCCAGAUUCAACAGUUAGUAAGCCAGUAGAUCCAUUAAAAUAUCAUGGUGCUUUGGAGCCUGCAUCUGUCAGCCACGGUGACUGCAGUUUUCCAUGUGGGUUUUCCCGGCCGGAGCCAUUGGAUCAGCCAGGUUCUACUUCACCUUUGAACUUAAGCGCUGUUCCCUUGAAUCGUUCCUUGCAGGAUAUCUUUGUGCUUCCAGAAGAUGUGGAGAAGGAGAACGCGCACUUCUUUGUUGCAGAUAUGAUUAUAGCAUCUCUGGAAAAGAUGAAAUGUAAUAUCCUAAGCCAACAGGCAGAGUCCUGGGGUCUGGAGGAAACCAGUGGAUCGAAUGGCAGCUAUCACACUGAUUUGGAGUUUUCUUCCUAUCCAGGAGUAAAGAAGUCAGAUUCUUCUGUUGCCUCUUCAGACAGUGGUUAUGAAGGCUGUGCUCUGCUGAAUGUCAGCUCCUCAGUACAUCUACCUUCACAUCAUGAGGUUACCAGAUUUCCAUGCCACGGUGACUCAGAUGAUGAAUAUGUAAUUAUUGAACUUGAAGACCUUGAAAGUCUGUCUGUCUCCCCAGAUAAAAGAUCAUCUUUUGAACCAGGCUGUAACUCCGCUGAAGCAACAGCUCAAGCGCUGUACAGAGCUUUCAGAAAACACUGGUUGCAGACAGAAGCUGCAGUUCAACUGUCUGGUUGCCUGAGCUCAUCUAAGCAGAGAGUUGUGCUGAAAGAAGAGAUUCCAAGAGAGCUCGAGUCCAGUUUGAAUCUGGCUGAAGAAAUAAAGAUCGUAUCCAAAUUAAGAGGAUCUUCUGGCUGGGCCCCACCAAGAUCUCAAAUUAUAUUUAAUAUUCACCCUUCAGACAAGAGAGAUGCUGUGGUAGCUGCCCAAAACUUUACAUGUGUUGGUUGUGGAACCCCAAUAGAAAGCAAAUAUAUCAGGAGACUCCGCUAUUGUGAUUACCUAGGGAAAUACUUUUGUGACUGUUGCCACAGCUAUGCCCAGUCUUGCAUUCCUGCCCGAAUACUGAUGAAAUGGGACUUCAAAAAAUACUAUGUGUGCAACUUUGCCAAACACCUACUGGACAGCAUAUGGCAGCACCCAAUUUUCAAUGUGUCAUGUAUCAACAAAGCCCUCUAUACAAAAACAAAAGAAAUGGACAGAGUGAGGGAGAUACAAGAACAGCUUUUUCAUUUAAAAAAACUGUUGAAAACCUGCAGGUUUGGUGAAAGGGUACUGAAAGAAUUCGAACAGGUCCCAAGCCAUCUGACUGAGGAGCUGCACCUCUUCUCACUGGAUGACCUGCUGAAGAUCAAACGAGGGCAGUUACUGCCCCUUCUUAAAGAUAUUCUGAAGAGCUCCAUCUCUCAUGUGGAUGGUUGUGAACUCUGUCAAGCAAAGGGGUUUAUCUGUGAAUUCUGUCAGAGUGCGGAUUUAGUCUUUCCAUUUCAGAUUGCCAAAUGCAAAAGAUGCACAGAGUGCAAAACAUGCUUUCACCAAGCAUGUUUCAAGUCUGGAGGCUGCCCCAAAUGUCUGCGGAUUGCAGCUCGGAGGAGGCUUUCAGAAACGCCAUCGUUCGUGCCUCCGUGAAACUGGAUUCCUCCAGCGAUGACUGUGGAUUUCAGAAGAUGCUUAAAGCCAAAUCUUCAGGUGCCUGACUAUGAAUUAGAUGAUAAUGUUUUAGACAUUACUGCUUUUAAUGCAUGUCUUAUUCAAAAAAUGAAAAAACAAUUAAGGACUUUGAUAUCAUCUUUGAAAACUCCCCCUAAAACACUUUCACCUUAACUGGUGUCAGAAAGACUGAAUGUUAUUUCUGUGAGCAGCAUUUUGCUGCUGUGUUUUAUCCUGUAUGUAAUAUUUUUUAAUAUUAUAUUUUUCAAUGUAAAAAUGGUUCCUCUCUGUAACUCUGCCUAUAAUGUAUAGAUGGUAAACAACUUUGGAGAUUCUUACCUGUGUCAGACUUUAGAAAUAGAAAAAGUGAUAAAAUAUGGAAUCAUUCUCUUGUAAGACUCUGCAAUAGAAAAAGUUUGUCUGUGAGCUUCCUAUAAAUGCUGAUCUGAAAUUCCGUUCUGGCAAACACUCUACGUGAAACAGUGGAUUGUAGGUUUGUCUUUUAAAAGGAUGUGUGCAACAGCUCUACAGAGAUAUCUUUCCAGACUUCUUUCCAGAAAUAUGAGGAAAGGUAGUGGGCGAGCAGGAGAAGUACUCCUGUCUAAAUCCACCCUCACAUCUGGAGCAUUCUGAGGGCUUACUUGAAAAGAAAGGUAAUGUACAGGAAGCUUGAAAGCUGCUCGUCUUCCCAGCCCCAUUGGUUACCUCCAUACUUGAGAGAGAAUCUGGAACAGAGCUAUAUUGCAUCUGAGUCAGAUCUUUCCAUUCAUUGGAAAUGCUGGAAUCUUCCCAAACGGUUCCUAGGCAGGGAAGCACCUCAUGCCUGCAGAAAAUUAGAGCAGCUGCUUGAACCUGUAGAACAAUUUUUGUGUUUCUGUGGCACAUCUGAAAUACUAAUGAACAGAGAAACCUAAAAACUUGAAAGCAUGUACCAAAGUUGCUUGCUCCCCAAAAGGAUAUUCUUAAUAUUUUGAUUUUUUUGUUCUUGCUUUGGUCUUUGUUCUUCCUCUCCAUACCCAUUAGCUCCAGCUGUUAGCAAGGAAAAAGCAGUCGUCUGUAACUGCUAUCUAUGAAGCUCACCUCCAAACUAACUCUCAGUACUAGCAAGCUCACUAAGUGUUCCACUUAGCUUUUUUUUUUUUUUUUUCUCCCCAUGGAUGAAAACAGCUUAACUGCUCAGAAGCAAAAUUGUAAUCUCUUACUCAACAUCACCAAACGGAUACUGACGUGGCAUGAGACGUGGUGAGAAAGGGCAUGCUUAUGUGGUUGACUGUAUUUAAUAUUAUGCAAGAGUAAAUUCUCAUUCCUGCUC